CAAAAAAAUGUAUUCCCACUCAUAGUUAUUUUGUUUAAAGAUUUCGUGGGCGUGCACGGUCUGCCAUUGUGCAUUUUGGCGCGUGCUUUUUUUGCACAGCAAGCGAGGCAAGCAAGUCGUGUGGGGAGGGGAAAGAAAAGCCCAACAACAGCGUACAGCAAGCCAACCAGCAAACUGCAGAAGAUAACCGCUCUGUGUUGGAAACAUACGAUUUGUGUUUCAGAGGUCAUUUGAGUCAUAAACAUUUGAACGUGCUCCUUUGAGCCAACGUUACUGCUACUCAUUUGAGCCAACGUUACUGCCAGCUAGCCAUGGGAAAAAAGACUCGUGAAGAUGACGAUGGUGCCUCCGGUUCAUCUUCAGAAGAGGAAGAAUUUGUUGUGGAGAAGGUUUUGGACAGAAGGACAGUUAAGGGUAGAGUGGAAUUCUACCUGAAGUGGAAAGGCUAUUCAGAAAAGCACAACACAUGGGAGCCAGAAAAAAAUCUUGGCUGCCCCGAGCUCAUUGCAGAGUUCAUGAAGACCUACAAGAAGCCAAGUAGUGGUAGCGGAGGUUCCACCCCAAGCAGUGGAGGGGCCAAAUCCAGCACAGGAUCGUCAGGCCGCAGCAAGGACAGCAGCAGCAAGAGGAGGAACUCUGAUGAUGAUGGUGAAGGAAGCAGCAACAAGCCCAAACGGAAAAAAGAGGAUGACAUCCUGAUUGCGAGAGGCUUUGAGAGGGGUCUGGAACCAGAGAAAAUUAUUGGAGCCACAGAUUCCUGUGGAGAUCUCAUGUUCCUCAUGAAAUGGAAGGACUCUGACGAGGCAGAUUUGGUGCUGGCCAAGGAGGCCAAUCACAAGUGCCCGCAGAUUGUCAUAGCCUUUUACGAAGAACGUCUCACCUGGCACGAAGAUGGCGACAAGAAGGAGAAGGGUGCCGUGAGCAUGUGAGCAGUUUGUGUCGCUAUGGGAACAGUCACCGACAUCUAUCACCCCCUCCCACCCCCGGAGAAUCAUGUAGUCGAUACCAAAUCACACCCCGCGCCUCUCCCUUUGAUCAUGGCCUGUUUGAAGGAUCUGUAAGUGUACAUGCAGUGUGUUGGUAAAUCGCCUCUACCGUACAGAUCGACAAACGUUAAAGGUUUAGGGCCACAGGGAGGACCAGGGAGGGAUUUGGGAUUGCCUGACUCUCAACCCCCCCCCCCCCCCCCAACCUGGCCCUUUGCUAAUGACCAUAAUGAAAACCACACAAACCAACAACAGGGGGGCACUGCCCGCUUCUUCAUGACACCUCCCUCCCAUUCCCCGUGUGCAGGCCAAUGUCACAGAGUAACUAACAGCCCAGCCCAGCCAAGCCAUUCUUACACACAGACUAAGAUGAAUGCCGGACCACUCGGGUUUUGGAGGAGGCCAAACAGGCAGGGUGCUACACUACUGGGGAGGGCUUGUGGCUCCACUUUUUCAUCUUGCUUUACUCUCUUACUGUAUUUUUUUUUUUUUUUUUUUGUACUGUUGACAAAAGGGGGCGGGGUAUGAUUGUGUACAGAUGUUUUUAGAUUCUAUGUUGUACCCGUUCAAAGUACAGCCAGCCAUUUUAAGGUGACUUGAAGGUUGUCGUCUUCCCUGCACUCCUGGCCGUUUAAGUGGCCCCGUCAAAGCGUGGUCCAGGGCCCUGUGUUCCCAAAGCUUCUCAGUGUGCCUGGGGACAUCCCACCUGUCUGCGUGUUCACGGUCGGGUCCCGUCUGUGCAUUUUAUUUUUUGGUGAUCUAACGGGAGGGCAAAAUGGACCAUAGUUCAGGUACUCUAAGAAACUUUGACUGGAAUGAAGUGGAUGCUGGAAGGCUUGACAGCCCUGCGAGUCGUAACCUUGAGUAUUGUACACCGUAGGAGAGGACACACGGUUUUAACAAUGUGAACCCUCCCCUGUUUUUGCUCAGUAGUUUUAGUCCAACUUCAGUGUGUCUAAGGUCAAUAUGGUCCUUCCCUUUAUAUAAGGACAUCCUCUGCUUUUUUUUCGUUUUGUCUAUACUCUAGUAGUUUGGAUGGAUCGUAAGCUUGUUUUUAAUCACUGAUAUUUUAGCUCUUUUUAGCCCGUGACUUUCUGUUCUUUAGCUUGAACCUGUUAACUAACAAUCAUGCCUUCCAAUCCAUUGCUAAGAUCAUGAACCUACUUAGUCAAGAAUAGCUGCUUUUUCAUGACGUGAAACUGGGAGUCUUCUAAUUACCUGAUACUUACGACUGUAGUGUGAUCAUGCAACAAUUACAAGCCAGAAAAUAUUACAGACGCACAUGCCCCUUCAAAAGUUGUGCCCUUUGUUUCAAGCCAUCUUUAUUUUCAAAUGUGAAUGACCGUUGAUUGUGACUGUAUAGCUAGAACAUUAUCAUAGUAAUGCUGAAUGGGAACUGGAACUGUCUGUAUGGUCAGAAGUUGGACAAUCAGCAUGCCAAAUGCUCUGCACUUAAGUGAAAUCAAACCGCAAUACAGAUUGAUUUGAUCUGGUUACACCACCUGGUGGCUAAACGGCUCAACCGGGCCUCUUGAAUCGUGUGCUGUGUAGGAACAUUGGACACGGCAGAUCUGUUCUUACUUCCAGACAUGUUUAUGGGAGUUCUUAUCGAUCUAUUCUAACAUUUUAAGGUCACGUCGUUUGCUUUUGACUGAGUAUUACGUUGUGAAUUCCACUCAACCAUCAGAGUAUUUGUUCCACUUGCUAUAAUUAGUUUGAAUGGACUCGUAGAAGGGGAAUUUGACCAGAAUUUAGUUUCACCUUUCCUCUUAUUGGUAGAUAUAAAAAAUAUAUUGGAAUGAAUAUGUUAUCCAUAUUGUUGGCUUUGUUAGUUUUUUCAACUAUCCAGUAUGUCCACCUUUUGAAUCCCCUCCUUGUUAAAUGUAGUAAUGAGAAAUUUAGUUUGGAUUCACUGCCUUUGAUUUUGUAUUCAGACUUUAUACUGGGGCUGGGCGGUAUGUCAUUAAUACAUACCACUGAUACAUGGACCAUCUUUAAUUACAAUUUUGUUUUCCCCCUUAUCCUUUAACGGUGUUUCCACUCUGUUAAAUGGCUGGUGUAAUGUCAACCUUUGGUGACUGUUUUCUGAGUGGGCUCUGCCUCUGCCCACUUCCCACGCCGAGCCCUGAUCCGCCUUGAAACAACUUGACUGAUAAAUGUCCUUGGAUUGGUCUGGCAUGUAUAAACGCAUGUGUGCCGGUCACGGAUGUUUGUAUAUUAACACGUUCGGUAUGCAUGUUGAAAACCCUGUAAGAACUCUGCAGCGGGCAAGAACCGGUGCUCGUCUCUGUUGAUAAGGGCAGUGGUGAAAGAUGUUGGCGAGGAGAACUGAGGCCACACAUCCGGUUAUUAUACACACAGGGAACUUGAUCCUAGGGAGACAAUCUGACAGGGACGUGGGCAGGAAUACAAUGUCGAGUUUGAAGGGUUCUACUCAGAGAUGAGCUACAAAUGCAGUACCUUGACUUCUUGGUAAUUGAAUCGGGCGCUUCCAUCCAAGAGAUUUACACAGGUGACUUGAUGUAUUUCAACCUGUUACGUUGCAACUGUGAAAGAGUUGUAUUUUUGUUUAUUUCAACACCAAAAAAAAUAUUCCACCCCCUUGUUUUUUCAGCGGUUGACUGGACCUAGAACAUUGCAACCAGAAUGAUGACAAACAUCCAUUAAACCUGCUUGAUGUGUCAGUUGCCACGCUAGUCAUGCACUUCUCAUAAGGUGCAAAUUUGACUAACAAAUGAAUAUCGUCCAGCCCUAAUUUGUACUUUGUUUCCUUUAAUGCAUUGCUAUAUGGCAACGAAGGGUAUGGUUGUGUACUCACAGAAAAGGCAAAGUGUUCCAAUAUAUUUGGUGUAUGGACAGAGUGCUUUGUGCUAUUGUGAUCAGAUUCUCUAUUUGUCUAUUUGGUACAAAUAUUCUCUUACUCAAUUUUGUUUUUUUUUUUGUUGUUUUUUUUCUCUCAAAUUUUUAUUUUUUAAGGAGCAUCAGUGUCUUGACUUGUCUAGUCACUGUAAUUGUAGAAACAACUGUUGUGGAUUACAGAUGCUUAGACUUGCUUUUCUUUAGACACAUCCCUGCUCAGGUUUGAUGUGUCAUGGUUGUACAUUUGUUUUUGUUUGUUUUGUUUUGUCUUGAAAAUAAAAACCCUCUCACUUUUUA